AUGGAAGUCACUGUACUUGCGGAAGCAGCGAAUCAUUUCGAAUUGGCGAUCCCGACCGAUUCAAUCAAGCACGGUACUAAAGAUGGUUAUACGUUGCCGGUUUGGAAUGUUGAUGAUGCUCAACCUGCUUUUACUCUAACUGGCCAUAUGCAUCAUGUUUCGACAUCUCAAGUGAGCGAUGAUGGCAAAUACGUUGUCAGUGGCUCGACUGAUCGAACGGUGCGCGUUUGGUGUGGUCAAACCGGUGCACAGCGUCAUGUUCUGCAGGGGCAUACGAGUGAAGUGUGCUGCAUGAGUCUACAUGGUACAACUCUUGUUUCUGGAUCACGCGAUGGAACGCUCCGAGUCUGGGACAUUGUCGACGGGAAAUGCCUUCACAUUUUGACUGGCCACUUGAGGAUGGUUAACGGUGUGCAAUUUGAUGGAAUUCGGGCUGUGUCGUGUGCCUUUGAUUUUACUGUAAAGGUUUGGAAUGUGGAGACGGGGGCGUGUUUGCACACACUGACGGGUCACACGCGUAGAGUUCUUUCACUUUUGUUUGAGCCGGAGCGCGAUCUUGUCAUCUCGGGAAGUCGGGAUACAACGAUGCGCGUCUGGGAUGUGCGAAGAGGAACAUGCAUCGCAAUUCUUCUCAGUCAUGAAAGUUUGGGACAUUCG